AUGGAGGAUCGGCUGCGACGCGCUGCCGAGGGCAGCGAAAUGAUGCGAGAAGCUGGCGAGGCGACACAGAGGGAGAAGUCAAGGCAGCUCCGACACCUCUUCGGUGGAGGCCCCCAGGUAGAGAUGCUGUCUAGAGCUGUAGACUCCCAGGAGUAUGAUUCUGGAGAGGUAGCCUCAGGAGCUCAGCAGUUGGAGGAGGAAGAUCUGGCAGCAGCAGCUUUGUCGUCAGAGCAUCCACAGGGAUCUCUCAAUAUUUUAACAACGCAGAUGAUCGAUGAUCAUGUGACCUCGCCCUCCGUGAGUGCUGGAGUCCAGUUGUGGUCUGAGAGUGAAGCCUCUCAGAAGACUGUGGCAGCUGAUUCUGCAGAACUUCGAGCGGCUGCAAGUAAAGUGAAGCAAGAAGCGGAGGCUGCUCCUGAGGAAGAGAAGGACCCGCCGCCAAUGCAGCUGGUGCAGGCUCCUUCACUGCGUCUGGGACCGGUCGCUAAGAGAGAGGCUCUGGAACAGGAGCUGGGCCCGGUGGCUGCGGCAGCCUGCAACUUCGCAGCCGGGUUCGUGACACAGCAGCUUACAGGAGCUCACGAACGGGAGCUCAGUCGGCAAGCCCAGUGGCACCAGCAGGAACUCAAGCUCGCUGUCCGCCUGGCGAAGUCGGAGGCGGAAAACGAGGUCCUGAGGAAGCAGAACGAGACUCUUCUCUCGAGAGUCGGCGCCGCCCCGUCCGUGCCACUUCCGCAAGUCGCGGCACUGCUCCCCAGAGACGAGGUCCUGGAGGUGAAAGAGGAAGAGGCGGCUCAGGAAGAGCCACCGCAGGAAUUCGUCUACAGAACCUGCGAAAUGGCGGCAGAGCCGCCAUACUCUGUUCUGAGGCUCUUCCUCGAGCUCGCCUACGGGCAAGUGGCAGCCUUGGAUAUGGCUCGACUGCCGACGGCGAUCGAACAGCAACUACGGCAGUUCGAUGACAUCCCAGGGGGCCGACUCCUCAUGCCUGGCCAGUUGAAAUCCUUACUGGAUUUGGACCUGCUUCCCGUACACCCGGAGUUUCUGCGACUCCGUGACGUGAGGGACUUCGACGUCCAGGUCCUGAGGAAGCAGAACGAGACUCUUCUCUCGAGAGUCGGCGCCGCCCCGUCCGUGCCACUUCCGCAAGUCGCGGCACUGCUCCCCAGAGACGAGGUCCUGGAGGUGAAAGAGGAAGAGGCGGCUCAGGAAGAGCCACCGCAGGAAUUCGUCUACAGAACCUGCGAAAUGGCGGCAGAGCCGCCAUACUCUGUUCUGAGGCUCUUCCUCGAGCUCGCCUACGGGCAAGUGGCAGCCUUGGAUAUGGCUCGACUGCCGACGGCGAUCGAACAGCAACUACGGCAGUUCGAUGACAUCCCAGGGGCCGACUCCUCAUGCCUGGUCCUGAGGAAGCAGAACGAGACUCUUCUCUCGAGAGUCGGCGCCGCCCCGUCCGUGCCACUUCCGCAAGUCGCGGCACUGCUCCCCAGAGACGAGGUCCUGGAGGUGAAAGAGGAAGAGGCGGCUCAGGAAGAGCCACCGCAGGAAUUCGUCUACAGAACCUGCGAAAUGGCGGCAGAGCCGCCAUACUCUGUUCUGAGGCUCUUCCUCGAGCUCGCCUACGGGCAAGUGGCAGCCUUGGAUAUGGCUCGACUGCCGACGGCGAUCGAACAGCAACUACGGCAGUUCGAUGACAUCCCAGGGGCCGACUCCUCAUGCCUGGAAUUCGUCUACAGAACCUGCGAAAUGGCGGCAGAGCCGCCAUACUCUGUUCUGAGGCUCUUCCUCGAGCUCGCCUACGGGCAAGUGGCAGCCUUGGAUAUGGCUCGACUGCCGACGGCGAUCGAACAGCAACUACGGCAGUUCGAUGACAUCCCAGGGGUCCUGAGGAAGCAGAACGAGACUCUUCUCUCGAGAGUCGGCGCCGCCCCGUCCGUGCCACUUCCGCAAGUCGCGGCACUGCUCCCCAGAGACGAGGUCCUGGAGGUGAAAGAGGAAGAGGCGGCUCAGGAAGAGCCACCGCAGGAAUUCGUCUACAGAACCUGCGAAAUGGCGGCAGAGCCGCCAUACUCUGUUCUGAGGCUCUUCCUCGAGCUCGCCUACGGGCAAGUGGCAGCCUUGGAUAUGGCUCGACUGCCGACGGCGAUCGAACAGCAACUACGGCAGUUCGAUGACAUCCCAGGGGCCGACUCCUCAUGCCUGGAAUUCGUCUACAGAACCUGCGAAAUGGCGGCAGAGCCGCCAUACUCUGUUCUGAGGCUCUUCCUCGAGCUCGCCUACGGGCAAGUGGCAGCCUUGGAUAUGGCUCGACUGCCGACGGCGAUCGAACAGCAACUACGGCAGUUCGAUGACAUCCCAGGGGUCCUGAGGAAGCAGAACGAGACUCUUCUCUCGAGAGUCGGCGCCGCCCCGUCCGUGCCACUUCCGCAAGUCGCGGCACUGCUCCCCAGAGACGAGGUCCUGGAGGUGAAAGAGGAAGAGGCGGCUCAGGAAGAGCCACCGCAGGAAUUCGUCUACAGAACCUGCGAAAUGGCGGCAGAGCCGCCAUACUCUGUUCUGAGGCUCUUCCUCGAGCUCGCCUACGGGCAAGUGGCAGCCUUGGAUAUGGCUCGACUGCCGACGGCGAUCGAACAGCAACUACGGCAGUUCGAUGACAUCCCAGGGGCCGACUCCUCAUGCCUGGUCCUGAGGAAGCAGAACGAGACUCUUCUCUCGAGAGUCGGCGCCGCCCCGUCCGUGCCACUUCCGCAAGUCGGGGCACUGCUCCCCAGAGACGAGGUCCUGGAGGUGAAAGAGGAAGAGGCGGCUCAGGAAGAGCCACCGCAGGAAUUCGUCUACAGAACCUGCGAAAUGGCGGCAGAGCCGCCAUACUCUGUUCUGAGGCUCUUCCUCGAGCUCGCCUACGGGCAAGUGGCAGCCUCGGAUAUGGCUCGACUGCCGGCGGCGAUCGAACAGCAACUGCGGCAGUUCGAUGACAUCCCAGGGGCCGACUCCUCAUGCCUGGUCCUGAGGAAGCAGAACGAGACUCUUCUCUCGAGAGUCGGCGCCGCCCCGUCCGUGCCACUUCCGCAAGUCGCGGCACUGCUCCCCAGAGACGAGGUCCUGGAGGUGAAAGAGGAAGAGGCGGCUCAGGAAGAGCCACCGCAGGAAUUCGUCUACAGAACCUGCGAAAUGGCGGCAGAGCCGCCAUACUCUGUUCUGAGGCUCUUCCUCGAGCUCGCCUACGGGCAAGUGGCAGCCUUGGAUAUGGCUCGACUGCCGACGGCGAUCGAACAGCAACUACGGCAGUUCGAUGACAUCCCAGGGGCCGACUCCUCAUGCCUGGUCCUGAGGAAGCAGAACGAGACUCUUCUCUCGAGAGUCGGCGCCGCCCCGUCCGUGCCACUUCCGCAAGUCGGGGCACUGCUCCCCAGAGACGAGGUCCUGGAGGUGAAAGAGGAAGAGGCGGCUCAGGAAGAGCCACCGCAGGAAUUCGUCUACAGAACCUGCGAAAUGGCGGCAGAGCCGCCAUACUCUGUUCUGAGGCUCUUCCUCGAGCUCGCCUACGGGCAAGUGGCAGCCUUGGAUAUGGCUCGACUGCCGACGGCGAUCGAACAGCAACUACGGCAGUUCGAUGACAUCCCAGGGGCCGACUCCUCAUGCCUGGUCCUGAGGAAGCAGAACGAGACUCUUCUCUCGAGAGUCGGCGCCGCCCCGUCCGUGCCACUUCCGCAAGUCGCGGCACUGCUCCCCAGAGACGAGGUCCUGGAGGUGAAAGAGGAAGAGGCGGCUCAGGAAGAGCCACCGCAGGAAUUCGUCUACAGAACCUGCGAAAUGGCGGCAGAGCCGCCAUACUCUGUUCUGAGGCUCUUCCUCGAGCUCGCCUACGGGCAAGUGGCAGCCUCGGAUAUGGCUCGACUGCCGACGGCGAUCGAACAGCAACUACGGCAGUUCGAUGACAUCCCAGGGGGCCGACUCCUCAUGCCUGGCCAGUUGAAAUCCUCACUGGAUUUGGACCUGCUUCCCGUACACCCGGAGUUUCUGCGACUCCGUGACGUGAGGGACUUCGACGUCCAGGUCCUGAGGAAGCAGAACGAGACUCUUCUCUCGAGAGUCGGCGCCGCCCCGUCCGUGCCACUUCCGCAAGUCGCGGCACUGCUCCCCAGAGACGAGGUCCUGGAGGUGAAAGAGGAAGAGGCGGCUCAGGAAGAGCCACCGCAGGAAUUCGUCUACAGAACCUGCGAAAUGGCGGCAGAGCCGCCAUACUCUGUUCUGAGGCUCUUCCUCGAGCUCGCCUACGGGCAAGUGGCAGCCUUGGAUAUGGCUCGACUGCCGACGGCGAUCGAACAGCAACUACGGCAGUUCGAUGACAUCCCAGGGGGCCGACUCCUCAUGCCUGGCCAGUUGAAAUCCUUACUGGAUUUGGACCUGCUUCCCGUACACCCGGAGUUUCUGCGACUCCGUGACGUGAGGGACUUCGACGUCCAGGUCCUGAGGAAGCAGAACGAGACUCUUCUGUGGAGAGUCGGCGCCGCCAGGUCCGUGCCACUUCCGCAAGUCGCGGCACUGCUCCCCAGAGACGAGGUCCUGGAGGUGAAAGAGGAAGAGGCGGCUCAGGAAGAGCCACCGCAGGAAUUCGUCUACAGAACCUGCGAAAUGGCGGCAGAGCCGCCAUACUCUGUUCUGAGGCUCUUCCUCGAGCUCGCCUACGGGCAAGUGGCAGCCUUGGAUAUGGCUCGACUGCCGACGGCGAUCGAACAGCAACUACGGCAGUUCGAUGACAUCCCAGGGGGCCGACUCCUCAUGCCUGGCCAGUUGAAAUCCUUACUGGAUUUGGACCUGCUUCCCGUACACCCGGAGUUUCUGCGACUCCGUGACGUGAGGGACUUCGACGUCCAGGCCAGGAAGUACAAAACACGUGGUUGCUGGGGUUCGCCAAACUCGCCAGACUGUGACAGAUUGUCGCCAGACUUCGCCAGAUUUCGGCAGACGAGUGGGGAGGGUUUCGCCAGAUUUCGCCAGAUUUCGACAGAUGAGUGGGGGGAGGUGCCCGGCCACGACCUCGACACGGCGCUGCACCUGCUCCGGGAAAGCUUCUGUAUGCCAUGGGAGCGACCGAACUUGGAGCUGGCAACACGCUGCCGGGAGAUUCGAGCGUGCCUCCACAGCACCCUUCGACUUCCCCAGCCAGCAAUGCUCCUAGAGACCGCAGCCACGCGCAUAGCCACUGCCCUGGGGAAUCCAGAUGGUCCGCUGGGGUUCGUGCACAUAGUGUGUGCACAGGGCGCGGAUGCUUCAGGAGCCAAGCUGCUGAAGCUGGGCAAAACGUCCAUGAGCAUCAGCAACUGGCUGCGAGGGGGGCCGGCGGCUGGCCUCAUGACCGGUUAUAAGAACCGUUGCCUCAUCCCGGAUGCCAAGCUCCAGUUACUUCAUGUGGUCCUACUCCGUAGCGACCGUGAGGCAUGGGAACUGGAGCAGUUGGUACACGGGAGUAUGCAGAAGCUCCACCCAGGCCUCGUCUUGCGAGAUGCCAGCCUGUGGCCGCGGCGAAGCCCGCGCAGCUCCGACAAGGAGAAAGUGCCGAAGCUCUUCGAAACCUACUUGCCGGAAGCUCUGGAUGUCCUGCAUGCAUGUCUAGGGGACAUGCUGGCCAUGAGUCCAGACAAGCGAAAAGAGCUCCUGCGUAGCAAUUGGCGAGCCUGGUGCCAUGCCUGGUCCUCUUUGCGCUCAGCGAACACCCUGUACCCGGUGGAUCCGUGCGCCAACACGCCCUUAUCCCACUGGGCCUAUCGGACUGUCCGGAAUCAAGAGGACUGGGAGCAAUGCAGAGACAUGUGCUUCCGAGCGACAGCAGCUGCGGAUUGGUUUCGCCUGACGCGAGGCCGCGUUUACAUGGCCUACAGCAAGAACCUCAAGCAGGUCUAUGCCUCCAAAGCCAACCAUGGUGCAAGCUACGUCUUUCCUAUGUACUUCAUCAAGUUCAAGGAUCUGCCGGUGGAUCGCCGCAAGCAGGUCAUGACAAAACUGAAGCUCAAGGAGCUCAUGGACAAGGACCCCGACCUGACGGCCCCUGGCGAGGAUCCUACUGUUCGGUCGCCGAAACGAUCGGCCUCCCAGCAGGAGGCACCGCCUGCAGCAGCUAAGAGGAGGAUGCAGCGGCCUGCUGCUGCUCACUCCGAUUGA